CAUUCCACGAGCAUCAUUCGUUAGCACCAUUAUUAGUAUAUUAUCUAUUCAAUUCAGUUGUAUUUAUAUAGCGACGUUAUGGUUUCAAAGCAGCUUUAAUCUAGUAGAUGUUAUUGUUUUGUAUAAUGGUAUGAUGCGCCCGCAUUACUUUCUUUUAAUGGCAACACUGCUGAUGAUCGCUGAUGGGUUUACACUGAAGGGUUCCUCAGGUCCUCUGGUUGUUCCUCUGGGAGGUUCAGUGGUUCUUCCCUGUUCUGUUGAUUCAUUCUUACCACUGGAGGAUCUGGAGGUGGAAUGGAGAAGAUCAGACACACAGACUCUCAUUCAUCUGUAUCAAGAUGAAGAUAUCAGACCAGAGACUCAACAUCAGGAUUAUCAUGAUAGAGCUCAUUUCUUCACUGAAGACAUUAAACAUGGAAACUUCUCACUCCUGUUGAACAAUCUGACAGCUGAAGAUGAGGGACAAUACACAUGUAAAGUUUACUCUGGACAAGAAUCUAAUGAAACUGUGGUGGAAAUUAAACAUGUUGAGCGUUUGAUUGUGUCCGGAUCAAAUAAGUUGAUAUCUGUGUAUGUUGGUGAUGACGUCACUCUGAGCUGCUUUGUGGACUCUCACAUAAAACCUGAAGAGAUUGAAGAGGUUUCAUGGAAGAAAAGAGAUAAAGAUGGAGACAUUUCAGUUAUUGUCUAUCAGUACAAUGAAACUUUAUCAGACGCAUCAGAUGAGCGAUACAGAGACAGAGUUGAGUUUUUCACUGAUGAAAUCCACAGAGGAAACUUCUCUCUCAGACUGAAGAGAGUCAGAACUGAAGAUAAAGGAGUUUACAUCUGUCAAGCGUUUACUGGACGACUUUCAGCAAACACAACUGUUAAACUGGAGAGAUUGGGUUUCUCUGGUUUACACAUAAUGGUGUUGAUUCUCUGUAUUACUGCAUGUGGAUCUGCAGUUAUUAUCUGUAGUUUAAUCUACUGUCACUUGCACAAAGAAGUUUCAGUUUUCUGUCUUCAGAUGUUUCUGGUCUUCUGUCCAAAUAUCAUUCUGUUUUUUGCUUUUGUCUUUUGGGGAGUUUCUGAAGGAUCUGUGAAUGAGACAGUCUGCUGCUGUGCUCUUUAUAUUCUCAGACCUCUCACAUUGAUCUUUGCUGCUCCAUAUUUUGAACAGUUUACAGGCCAACUUCAAACUUUUUUGAAUUGGGGUUUUGUAACAGAGUAUAUUACUUUCACAACUGUUGUUUAUUCAGUUUUUCUCAGAAUUGCCUGGGAGGAAAGUCAGAAGUAUACUGUGUCCGAUAAAGUCAUGAUAAUGGUCACUUUUGUUGUAGUGCUUCUGUUAUGCUUUGUCUUUAUUAUUUACUGGUUGGCUGAACUCACUGGGAAAUUAAGCAAACAGAUAACUGGUAUAUUCAAUGUUCUGGCUGGUAUGAUCUUUUAUGUUCUGCCUUCAUUACAAUUCGUCCUUCUGUUCUACACGUUUGGGUCAUCAGUCAAAGGAGGAUUCUUUAUUGUUGGACUUUUACCUGUGAUAACAACAACGACCAGAUACAAUUGGAAUAUUACAUGUGGGGAUCAAAUGCACUGUUCUCCUUUGGUCAGGAGAAUUGUGUGGUUCAUUGUAGUGUCAUUGAUGAAUGCAAUACUGUUCUAUUUCCACACCAUAGCGCUGGAAAAUGAAGACGAUCGUGUUGGAUGGGGCUGUCUGAUUGCAUUUCUUCAAGUAUUAUGGACAGUUUGGCAUUGUUUAGUGUCAUUUAGAGACUGUGACUUCACCCGUAUCACUCCUGUGUAUGUGUUUGGAUCAGUUGGUGUUGUUUUAAUCAACGCUGUUGCUCUGAUGACUGAACUGACAGUGAAAACAAUUAAUGGUGAAGGUGUAGUGGGGGAUGUGAGAAUUUUCGUUUUUCCCUCUGAAAGUCUCUUUAGUUCAUCUGUUCUGAUUUUACGGCUAUUUGACCCCUGGAUCAAAAAGGAUCUCCAGUGUUGUCAGCCUGCACUUACUGGAUCCCAGAAUCAGUGCUCUCAGAUUGCAGUAGAUUCUGAUGAAACUCCAGCUACCGGAUCAAACCAGAACACGGCAGAAUCUCGUGAAAUGAAACGACUACUGAAAACACAAGAGACAAGUAGAAGUGAAGAAAUUCAGCCUGAUUCACCACCAUAAUAAACAAUAAGAGAAAAUCAUUCAAGUUUCACCACAAACACUUUGAGGAAUGAAAACUCUCAUGAUGAAGUCUGAUGAACUGAAGGUUCUUUGUGCUUCAUUUGCAUUCCAUUUUUUUUAUGGUCAUCUUGGUCUUGUCUAGGUUUCAGCGACAUUGGGACUCAAUCUUGUCUCAGAUAGGUAAACACCAAGCUGACAGUCGGCUGUUAGGCAGGUUUUCAGUGUAUUCUGUUCAUUCGCUAAAGAAUUUCCACAGUCAUCUUUCUUUUUGGAUGAUUCAGCAUGUCAAAUAAGCUGUGGCAUUCAUCUGGGAGUCGAAUCAAUUAGCUUGGCUGUUCAGCACAAGUAGAAACGAGUGACGAAGCAAGUCAAGAAGAAACACACAGAACACUCAACAUAUUUUUUCCAUCUCUCAUUACAAAACAUGGAUAUUUUUUAAACGAUGUGGCGCAUACGACAUUUCAGAUAUAUCAUUCAUCUGUGAUGAGCGAGACUUUUGUGAAACUGGUAAGCAAGCGCUGCUUUGUUUAUGUUUUGUAUCCCUGCAGUCACAAGCUUUUCCGGGGGCCUAUACCAUCAAGCCAGUUUAGUUGUUUAACCAGGUAAGUUUAGGAUUAGUUUGUGCAAAUCCUGGGUUUUGGGUACCAUGAAAAUAGCUUGUACCAACAAGGCCUGUUCACAUUGACUUGGUUUGAUCAACUUGAAACUAAUCCUUUAACCCCGAGUGUGUUUAACCAUUUUCCAGUUUAGAGUAAUAAACAGCAACUACUGCCCCCUGCUGGUACGGAAAGUUAUCUCACACAGGUGUUUAGGGCAAUGUGACUUGAUCUUACAGUCUGUGCUACUUUGUUGCCAUUGGUUUGGUGUGUCCCUGUCUUAAGAGGGCUUGGGAUUUUAUUUAAAGACUACAGCUGUGGGGAUAUCUAAAUUGCAGGUGCAAAAAAUAGUAUGAGAUGUUUUUAUAUUGUAACAUCUGAUGUAAUUAAGUAGUGUCACAAGAUGAGCAUGAUUACAUUGCAAAUGUGUUUUUUUUUUCUUUUUUCGAGAUAAAAAACAUCUAAUAGAUUAAAAUUAAAAUUCUGUUACAAAAAUUAAAAUUCUGUUACAAAUUUCUUAUCCUCAUGUUGUUCUAAACCUGUAUUAAUUUCUUGUUUCGGAUGAACACAAAAGAAGAUAUUUUGAUAAAUGAUAAUAAGCACACAGCUAAUUGUAAACAUGGACUUCUAUAGUAGGAAAACAAAUUCAAUGGAUUUCAAUGGGUAGCUUACCAUCAGCUGUGUGCUUAAUUGCAAUGUUUAAGUGUCUGUGGCAUGCUGUUGUAACGACCAUGUAAAUACAUUAAAUUAAAGCAUCAUGCAU